AUGCAAAGAAAUCACCCGACAGAUGAACAAACUAAUAAAACCGAUAACGACACCGAAGCGAACGAGGUGACGGCGGAGGCAGCCGUGAUUGGAUUCAUCGGCAUCACGAGCCCGCCGCAGAUAUUCUACAUUUUCCAACGCGCAUCUUGGGGGAUGGGGUACGCCACUGAGGCACUCCGGGCGUUUUUAGGGGCGUAUUGGGCUCGACGGCCGGAGGACAGCAGUGAGGUAGGAGGAGGAAGAUGGCAUGAACAAGAGGAAGGACGAUCUGGGAACGUGUUGGAGGCGCAUGUCCAUGAUGGAAACGUGGGCAGUGAAACGGUGCUGCGGAGGUGCGGGUUUGAGUUUGCGUGGGAGACGGUCACGUCUGCGCAUGGACGGGACGAUGUUAGGUGUACGGUGUAUCGAAUAGAGCGGCCGAAAUGA